UCUUAUUUUCCUCCAUUGUUACGCUCCAAUCUCCAUCAACAAUGGCUACCACUAAUAGCUUCCUCAAUACACCAACCAAAACUCCAACUAGUACUUCCAUUUCCAAAAAACAUCACCACAAGCAGCAUACGGCGGAUCCAAACAGAUCGGCUUCUGAAUUCAAGGACCGAUUUGAGGCCUACAAUCGGCUUCAAGCAGCCGCUGUAGCUUUCGGUGAGAAACUUCCGAUUCCUGAAAUAGUUGCUAUUGGUGGACAGUCCGAUGGGAAAAGCUCCCUCCUCGAAGCCCUAUUGGGAUUCCGAUUCAAUGUCCGAGAAGUUGAAAUGGGUACCCGACGCCCUCUCAUCUUGCAAAUGGUCCAUGACCAAUCCGCUUUAGAGCCUCGUUGCCGCUUUCAGGAAGAGGAUUCAGAAGAAUAUGGAAGUCCAGUUGUCUUGGCCUCUGCGAUUGCAGAUACCAUAAAGUCUCGGACCGAGUCACUUUUGAAAAGGACUAGAGCGGCAGUCUCUUCAAAGCCUAUUGUCAUGAGAGCAGAAUAUGCGCAUUGCCCUAAUCUUACCAUCAUUGAUACACCUGGAUUUGUACUAAAGGCGAAGAAGGGUGAACCAGAGAGAACACCUGAUGAAAUUUUAUCCAUGGUGAAGUCACUAGCCAGUCCGCCUCAUCGAAUUAUUCUGUUCCUUCAGCAGAGCAGUGUGGAAUGGUGCUCAUCUUUGUGGCUGGACACUAUUCGAGAGAUUGAUCCCACCUUUAGGAGGACAGUCAUUGUUGUCUCCAAAUUUGAUAACCGGCUCAAGGAAUUCACUGAACGCUGGGAAGUAGAUCGGUAUUUGAGUGCAAGUGGUUAUCUUGGGGAGAAUACUCGUCCCUUUUUUGUCGCCCUACCUAAGGAUCGAGGCACAAUUUCCAAUGAUGAGUUUCGCCGUCAAAUAUCUCAAGUGGAUGCAGAGAUGUUACACUAUUUGCGUGAUAGUGUUAAAGGUGGGUUUGAUGAAGAGAAAUAUAGGUCCUAUGUUGGGUUUGGUUGUCUGAGAGAUUUUUUGGAGGCUGAGCUCCAGAGAAGAUACAAAGAAGCUGCACCAGCAACACUUGCUCUGCUGGAACAGCGAUGUGGUGAAGUCACUGCUGAUUUAGCUAGAAUGGAAUGCAAGAUAAAUGCAACAUCUGAUGUUGCCCAUCUUCGAAAAUCUGCCAUGUUGCACGCUGCCGCAUUAUGCAAUCAUGUGGAGGCACUUAUUGAUGGUGCUGCAGAUCCAGCCCCUGAGCAAUGGGGGAAAACAACAGAGGAAGAACGGUUAGAGAGUGGUAUUGGGAGUUGGCCUAGUGUUACAGCUGAAAUUAAACCUCCAAAUGCGUCCCUUCGACUUUAUGGUGGUGCUGCCUUUGAGAGGGUGAUGCAUGAAUUUCGAUGUGCAACCUAUUCAAUCAAAUGCCCACCUGUGUCCAGGGAGAAGGUGGCUAACAUUUUGCUUGCUCAUACUGGCCGUGGUGGUGGUAGGGGAAUUACUGAGGCAGCUGCAGAGAUUGCACGAGCUGCAGCUCGAUCUUGGCUUGCUCCUCUUCUUGACACAGCUUGUGAUCGUUUGGCUUUUGUUUUGGGAAACCUCUUCGAUAUUUCCAUUGAGAAAAAUCAUGGAAAUGACUCCAACAAUGGGCAUAGACCAGUGGAUAUGGAAGGAUACAUUGGUUUUCAUGCUGCUCUAAGGCAAUCCUACAACCAUUUUAUGAAAGAUCUAUCCAAAGAGUGCAAGCAACUACUCCGACAUCAUCUUGAUUCAGUUACAAGUCCAUAUUCUCAUGUCUGCUACGAGAACAACUUUAUUGGGAGUUUUAGCUCUGGUACAAACUCAAUGUACCAAUUAAAUCAAGCCACAGCUAGUCCAUUAUGUCUCGAGUUAUCUGAUGGGGGUGCUGCAUUGCACAAAGAAGCAAUGAAAGACCAAGAAAACAUACCCCCUGAAAAAAGUGCUCAGGAAACCACACCUGGAAAAGUUACAGAAAGCAGGGAUGUCCUACGAGAAUGCCAAAUGACUGUGCCCGAGACCCCAUCUCCUGACCAACCUUCCGAUGGAAAUUAUGGUAUCAAAAGAGAACUUGGAAACUGUGUCGAAGUUGGAGCAAGAAAACGCCAACCUAGAAUUACAGGCAAUGCUAGAAACCAUGGCCAAAAUGGCGAGAGCCUUUUGUUUGGAAAUGGGGACAACAUCUCAAGACCGGUCUCUACUUAUGCAGAGAUAUGCUCAUCAGCUGCCCAGCAUUUUGCUCGAAUACGUGAAGUUUUGGUAGAACGCAGCGUGGCAUCAACAUUGAAUUCUGGAUUCUUAACUCCAUGUCGAGAACGUCUUUUUGUAGCACUUGGGCUGAAUUUGUUUGCUGUGAAUGAUGAAAAAUUCAUGGACAUGUUUGUUGCACCUGGAGCUAUAGAUUCUCUAGAAAACGAACGUCAAUCACUUCAGAAGAGACAGAAAAUCCUGCAUUCUUGCUUGAAUGAGUUCAAAAGUGUGGCUAGAGCACUUUGACAGAACCAAUUUUCACUUAUUUGGCUUCACAUCUGGUGAAUCCAACAAAUACUCAUCAGUAAGUGACUCAGCAAUAUUUUCAUCUUCAUAUCAUGUCAGUAUAUUAUUCUCUUCGGCCCCCCUCCCCCCGCGUGUACCUUAGCUAUAAGGUUCUGUUAAACUCAUGAAUUAAAGUCCGAUGAUUUAAGUAAGCUGCAGUCAUUUCUUCAAUAUCCUAUUUGCACUUUUCUUUUUGAUGAUUGUGCUGGACCUGGACUAAUUCCACGGGAUAUCUGAUAGCUCUGUCCAUCAAAAUUUUAGGACAAAUGAGAAGAAUCACCUAGUAUUUUUUGUCUAUGCUGAGUUUUGAACAGUUCUCAACCACUAUCAAAGUUGCACAUUUCACUCUCUCUUUGUCUUUAUGAUACAAUAUGUUUGGUUCUGAUACCAUUUGAAAGAAUUUGUGCGUUC